UUCAUAAAUGGGUGACAAUACAGGAAAUGAUAUGGCGACUCGUAUACUAAAGAAGGAAUGCCAACUUGAGAUGACAUUGAAGAGCGACGUAUCUCCAUUAAUCCAGUUCCAGGAGAUGCAAGCUCUUUUACAAAUUUACUCUCAAGCUAUAGAAUAUUACCAAUCUGUGGAGAGUGAUCUUUACAUUGACCUUAAUCUACGGAUGCAAAACUUACUCGCUAGGCCUGAUAUUUUAGAAAUGAUAGAUAGACAGGCUGCUCUGAAAAAUGAGCAUAGAUCUCGUAGGGAGGAAUCAAUUAGAAAUCAGAUUAUUCAGAGCCAAUUCUCCUCUUCUACCAAAACUCCAGAUAAAUUUGACGACAGGCUAGGAAGAAUAAUAGAAGAGAAUAGGUGAUCUCAUAGUCCCGAGACUCGGGCCUCUACAGUGCUCUUCGAGCACUUGAACGACCAGAGUGAAGGGAAUUCUGAUGAUGAAGAUGAGCAACCCUUCGGUCGAAGUACCUUCUGACUGAAGGAUUUAAACUCCUUAACCAAAGAAAGGUCAGACCUCCGCUCUACCUGUAAUGGGGUCGCUCAGCUUCAGGUUGAUGGCCAUUCUAAUGAAUUUGUGUAUCACAAGAAUGAUCGUCGAAAUCGUCAUGGAGUCAGCUUCAAAGUCUGUAAAAAUAAAAAAGACGGAGCUUUGCUCCGUCCUAAACGUAUUUGUAAGAACCAGGAAAAAGAGAAGAUCCAUUCUGAACUCUUAAAUGAGAAUAAUGAAGAGCUAAAGACUGAACCUCUAGUCGAAGCCUCUAAGAAGGUAGUUGAGGAAUAUCAUGAAGAAACUAAAGAUGGUACCGCAAUUAGUGUAGUCGUACAGGACAUGCGGGACCAAGAGUCCUCCCUGAGAAUCAGACUUCUCAAAAGAGAGCGAAUGCUUGCUAAAAGAAAGCUGGUGAAUACAAGCCAGAGUUUGAGUGAUUCUGCAGGGAGCUCCUUAAACCAAUAAUCUUGUAUUGAGGCAUCCCAAAAGCUAUCUAGCUUUAUUUAACUUUGUUGUUUAAUUUCAGCUUUU